AUGGAUCGUGCCACGUGGAUGUACAAAUUACCGCCGGUUUCACAUGAGUAUGUUAGUGGGGUUAACGAAUUCAUUUCAUGUGCGGUUGAGAACAUAAAACAGAAGGGCACCGAACAGGGUAAAGAAGAAAUGAUCACAUGUCCCUGUCGUGACUGUUAUAAUUUAAAAAAGUAUCCUGAUGCCGAGACAGUGCGUGGACAUUUAUUUCGGCGUGGCUUCAUGGAAAAUUAUAGUAAGUGGAUCUGGCAUGGUGAAGGAAUACAAUCCAGAAGACCAGAGACAGUUAGCAGAACAUAUGAAAGUUAUGGAAAUAGUAUGGAUACUAAUAACGAAGAUGAUGUAGAAAACGACAAGGUCCAUGAGAUGAUCGAAGAUGUUGAAGAUCUUCUAAUGCACCAGCCGGAGGUUCUUGAACACUUGGUUGAUGACUCCAAGAAACUUUUGUAUCCCGGGUGCAGUGAUCAGUUUACGAGGUUGUCAACUACCCUUAAAUUGUGUAAGCUUAAAGUGAAGAAUGGGUGGAGUGACAAAAGUUUCACCGAAAUGCUAAAACUUCUGGCAGACAUUCUUCCUCCGAAGAACGAGCUUCCCACGUCCACCUAUGAGGCGAAAAAGAUAUUGUGUCCGAUGGGUAUGAAUGUGAAGAAGAUACAUGCAUGUCCAAAUGACUGUGUGUUGUUUCGCAAUGAGCACGAACAUCUACACGCCUGUCCAAAAUGCGGAGCAUCUAGGUUCAAGCGGGAGGGAAGUAGUUCUUCAACUAAUGACAAGAAGAGGCCUCCGGUCAAGGUUUUGCGUUAUCUGCCUAUAGUGGAACGAUUCAGACGACUCUUUGCAAAUGUAAAUGAUGCGAAACUGUUGAGGUGGCAUGUUGAAGGAAGAAAAUCAGAUGGGAUGCUUCGACACCCAGCCGACUCACCACAAUGGAGAACCAUUGAUGGAAAGUUUCCGGAAUUCGGCGGAGAACUUAGAAACCUUCGACUUGGCCUUUGUGCAGAUGGCAUGAAUCCGUAUCGGACUCUAAGUUCUCAACAUAGUACUUGGCCGGUUCUUUUAACAAUUUAUAACUUGCCUCCUUGGUUAUGCAUGAAGCGCAAGUACAUUAUGUUGACACUGCUAAUCCCCGGUCCUAAAGAGGCAGGAAAUAACAUAGAUGUUUAUCUUCAGCCACUUAUUGAAGAUCUACGGUUAUUGUGGGAUCAAGGGUAUAGUGUCAAAGGAGCUAAAGCAUGUCCUAUUUGUGAGGAUGCUACGAUCGACAUUCGCUUACACAAUUGCAAAAAAAAUAUAUAUAUGGGUCAUCGUACUUUUCUCCCCACUAACCACCCUUAUCGUAAGAGGAAAGAUUCUUUUGAUGGCACUGUCGAGACUCGGGUGGCUCGUUUACCUUUAACCGGGAAGGAGGUCUUUCAACGAGUCAAAGAUAUUGAUGUUGUGCUUGGGAAGUUAUAUAAAAAGCCAACAACAAGUAGCACCUGGAAGAAGAGAUCUAUAUUCUGGGAUCUUCCAUAUUGGGAGCACUUGCAAGUUCGACAUUGUCUUGAUUUUAUGCAUAUUGAAAAAAAUGUUUGUGAAAGCAUUAUUGGAACUCUGUUGAAUAUACCUGGCAAGACAAAGGAUGGCAUGAAAGCUAGAUUAGGCAUAUUGCCCAAGCACGUGAGACUGGCUCUUAUGAAACUAUGUUUCUUCUUUAAUGCUAUAUGCAGUAAGGUCAUUGAUCCAAUGACAUUGGAUAAACUGCAAGCUGACAUUAUUGUCACACUCUGUGAAUUUGAAAUGUAUUUCUUUCACUCAUUCUUUGACAUUAUGGUGCAUUUAGUCAUUCAUCUUGUGAGAGAGGUUAAAAUUUGUGGUCCUUUAUUCCUGCAUCAAAUGUAUCCUUUCGAGAGAUUCUUGUGUAUCUUAAAAGCAUAUGUGAGAAACCGGCGUCUUCCGGAAGCCAGUAUUGUCGAAGGGUACACGGUUGAAGAGACUAUUGAAUUUUGCACGGACUACCUAGCAUCCGCUGAUCGAGUUGGAAUUCCAAGAUCUCGUCAUGAAGGAAGACUUGAAGGUCAGGGUACGUUGGGACAUAAAAUGAUCUCUCCUAGUGCUGAAUUGCUUGAUAGAGCCCAUUUAUUUGUAUUGCAACACAUGACUGAAGUGAAUCCCUAUUUACAAGAGCACUUAGUCGAGAUUCGACAAGGUCAUCCUUCUAAGAGUGGAAGAUGGGUUACAAACGAACACAAUCGAUCAUUUGUGAAAUGGUUUAAAGAUAAAGUGAUGUCUCAAUAUUCAACAAGUCAUUCUUCAGUUUCUGAUACGAUUAAAUGGCUAGCAUAUGGUCCUGACAUGCCUGUGAGUUCGUAUCAAGCAUAUGAUGUUAAUGGGUAUACUUUCUAUACACAAAGUCAAGAUGACAAAAGCACUGUACAGAACAGUGGAGUGUGUGUGGAAGCUUCUUCAACGGAAUUUGAUAGAGGCAAUUCCUUGACAUCACGAGAUAUAAAGAAGUCAUACUAUGGGGUGAUUGAAGAAAUUUGGGAGCUUGACUACAGAUUUUUCAAGAUUGCUCUCUUUAGAUGUAAGUGGUUCGAUAUAAAGCGCGAUGUCCGGGUGGAUGACUUGGGCUUCACUUUGGUAGACUUUUUACGGUUUGGUCAUGAAGAUGACCCGUUCAUAUUCGCUACACAAGUGAACCAAGUUUUCUAUGUUCGAGAUCCCGCUGAUGCUAAGUGGUCCAUUGUUCUUCAAAGCAAGCGACACAUCAUUGGAGUUGAUAAUGUUGAAGAUGAGGACGAGUAUAAUCAAUUUGAUGAUAAUCCCCCUUUCUCCGUUGGUAUACAAACAACCACAUUAAGGGAAGACAAUGUAGAUAUAAAUUAUGCACGUAAUGACCAUGAUGAAGGGGUCUGGAUCGAUGGUCAAGCAAAGGAAGUCUUCGAGAAAAUGCGCUUUAUAUCAUUUUACUAUACAGGGUGA